GGAGGCGGCGGAGUGGGGCUGCGCCCGUCGGCCAUGGCGGCGGGAGGUGGCAGGGGUCGGCGGUGGGGCRUGGUUGCGCUUCUUUUCCUCGCUGUGUUGACACCGGCGGGCGCCGCCUCUGCCGCCGCCCUGCCUGUAGUCAUCAACACCUGGGCGUUUAGGACGGCCGCAGAGACAGCUUGGAGAGUAUUGCAGUCGGGAGGUUCGGAGUUGGAUGCGGUUGAGAGAGGCUGUGGUCAGUGUGAGAUUGAUCAGUGCGAUGGGAGUGUGGGGUACGGAGGAAGCCCAGAUGAAAGUGGAGAAACAACUCUGGAUGCCAUGAUUAUGGAUGGCAACACUAUGGAAGUUGGGGCGGUUGCUGGCCUCAGACGUGUGAAAAAUGCAAUUGGUGUAGCACGAAAGGUCAUUGAAUACACUAAGCAUACCUUACUAGUGGGAGAGUCAGCUUCCCUGUUUGCUGUGAGAAUGGGGUUUCCAUAUGAAGAUUUAACUACCCAGAAAUCACUUUCACUUUAUUCAGAAUGGCUUAAUCAAAGCUGUCAGCCCAACUACUGGAAGAACGUGGUGCCAGACUCUUCAAAAUCCUGUGGACCAUAUAAAMGGCCUGAAAAAGUAACUUACAAAGAAGAACAGACCAGCUCACAAAGAAUCGUUCACAACCAUGAUACUAUUGGUAUGGUUGUAAUUGGUGUGAAYGGAACCGUUGCUUCUGGGACAUCUACUAAUGGUGCAAUCCACAAAAUUCCAGGUCGUGUUGGAGAUUCUCCGAUAGCUGGAGCGGGAUCCUAUGCGGAUAGUACAGCUGGAGGAGCUGCAGCCACUGGGGAUGGUGACGUCAUGAUGCGCUUUUUACCCAGUUAUCAAGCUGUGGAAUAUAUGAGGAUGGGAACAGAUCCAACAGUAGCCUGUCAGAAAGUUAUUUCCAGAAUCAAAACGUAUGCUCCGAAGUUCUUUGGUGCUAUCAUUUGUGCCAAUACAUCUGGAAGUUAUGGUGCUGCAUGUAAUAAAAUUCCAGGAUUGACUCAGUUUCACUUCAUCGUUUCUAGCCCUUUGCUUAGUCGACCAACUGAGCAAGUAGUAGAUUGCAUUUAAUUUUUUUUUUAUCCUAUUAGCACCUCAACUUAGAAGAGGACAGUGCUAAGUUGCCCCAGUUGUUAUUUCUUAAAAUGGUUGUUUCAAGCAUCUAAUGGCUCUUAUGGUCUGCUUGUUUUCCUAAGAACUGAGUAGCCAAAACCAUUGAACAGGCCCUUUGCUUUGCCAUUUAAAAAUGCAUUUGUCAGACRUCUGGAUAACGGGCUGGAAGUGGAACUAUGACUCUACAUAUAGGACUUACGUUGAAAAUAUUUAAUUGUCUUUCUAAGAUUUAGUCCAGGUUUUCUUUUCUCUUGAAAAAAUUGCAUGAAAAUGCUGACAAGCAAGGGAAAGGGGUUGAAGAGUAGUGGGGAUUAUUUCAAAGCUUUAAUGAAGAGGUAAGAAGUCCUUAUGGACCAUUCUAAUUUGUUCCACAACAGCUGAGAAUACAUUUGAAUAGAGAUUACAUGCAAGCAUCCCUGGUGGUACAGACCUUCAAGGAAUUUUUGUCGACUGACUGGAUGUGAAGACAAUUGGCAAUCUUCCUGACACCUGUUUUUUAUACUGGAAAUUAAGUUAGGAAUCAUAAUCACAGUGAUUUCCUUGUCAUUAAUAUGCUGUGCACUUGCCCUGUCCUAUAGCACAUUUACCUCUGCAAAGGAGCAGUUGAAUACCUGGAGUGUGACAGUUACCUACAGCUUCAKGUUUUGUAGAUUUCUAUGUCUAGAGACACCAGGAUUCAUUUGUAGUAGAACUUCUUGAGGAUUAUUCCACAAGUAUUUGAAGAUCUGUUUGAUCAUUCUCUUAAAUCGGUGGCUUGCUGAUCAUUUGAUUGAAUCUUUGCUAAGCUUGAGCUAGGAAGUGGCAAAAGCAGGGAGCAAGUAAAAGGAGUGUGUCUUGUCAUUUUAAUUAAUCUCUCUAUUUAAAUUUUGGGUAAUAAAAGCACACCUUAAUGUAUUAAUAAGGUUGUUCAGAUGCUUUUGUAUUGUGUCUUUGAUUAUUGCCUUCUGUUUCAAAUUGGAAUCUUUAAAAGCUGGAAAUAAACCAUUCAAACCAAAAUAGCUAUCUUUAAUGGAUUGCCAUAGAACUUCAUCAACCAAGUGUUUUAUUCAGCAGAUUCAGUUCUGUCACUGGAUCCUCAGAGCAUGUCAUGGUACAGUGUUCACUGCAGGCCAAAGCAAGCUUUCAUCAGAGGAGAUCCUGCUGUAAAGGCUUAAGUUUUCUACCUGUCCUACCAACAAGCCUUCUGUCACAGCUGUUUUGUCGUCAGAUAACUUGGGCAGUUAAGUGUAAAUAGAUUAAUGAAACUGCAGUAGUUGUUACUUUGAAGAUUGCACUGUGGAUUAUGAAUGUAGAAGGUUAAGUACUGGGAACUGAGCAGUAGUGUCUCAAAUUGCUGCAGCUGAAUCCUCCAGGAUUCAUUUCUGAAAGAGGUUUAGGAACAUCCAUGGCUUGCUUUCUAGAGUGCUUAUGUCACUCUGUACUAGCUUGUGUAUGCCAGAAGUUAUGAGUGCUCURUAACAGUGUAGCUUGAACUCACUGUUACAGUGCUAAAUAGUCAACUCRUCUGUUCUGGUUGACAGCCAUCUGGAAUGAGCCAGCAUACUCAUCUGUUCUGAUUGACAGCCAUCUGGACAUGAGCCAUGUUCCCAGAUGGCCACAAAGGCCACUGGCAUCCUGGYCUGUAUCAGCAAUAGUGUGGCCAGCAAAACCAGGGCAGUGAUUGUUCCCCUGUACUCAGCACUGGUGAGAGGAUACCUCAAGUAUUAUGUCCAAUUCUGGGCCCCUCACUACAAAAAAGAUGUUGAGGUGCUGUAGCAACUCCAGGGAAGGGCAGUGGAGCUGGUGAAGGGUCCUGUGAUGAGCAGCUGAGGGAGCUGGGGGUGUUUAGCCUGGAGAAAAGGCUAUCACUGUCUGCCACUGCCUGAGAGGAGGGUGUAGCAAGAUGGGACUCAGCCUCUUGUCCCAGACAACCAGCAACAGGACAAGGGGAAAUGGCCUCARGCUGUGCCACGGGAAGUUCAGGUUGGACAUCAAGAAAGAGUUUCUUCACUAAAAGGGUGGUCAGGCAUUAGAAUGGGCUGCCCAGGGAAAUGGUAGAGUCACUGUCUCUGGAGGUGUUCCAUAAAUGAUUGGACACGGCACUUAGUGAUGUGGUUUUGUUAGCAUGGUGAUGUUUGGUGAAAGGUUGGACCGGGUGAUCUCUUCCAACCUUAUUGAUUCUGUUAUUCUAAGAAAAUUACUUGUCUCUGUGAGACGUAGGUACUAACGGAUGUGGUUUGAUAAUGUGGGUUGCUUUGUGAUGAUGGAUUAGUUAUAAAGGAAGGGGUUUAUUUGUGUAAAUUAUUUUGAUAUAUCAUUAAUUUGACAAUACAUUAAAUCAUAGUAUUAACAAUGUACCAUUCUGAUGUUAUGGACAGAAUUCAGAAUUUAAAAAAUAUCAGGCUUAAUAUUUUGUCUUAAAAAUACUUCUUUAAAGGUUGUUAAUGGUGUUCUGUUAUGUUUAGCAGACACAUGAAUUUUUAAAGAAAGGUAAAUAUUAAGUACCAACUUGUCAAAAGUAAGCAAAACCUAUGACAGUUUCUGUUGGGGUUGCAAAAAAAUCUUUCUGUUUUAUCUUUCAGUUUUUACUAUCCAACUUUUACUACCAAAAAACCUACACAGGAUAUGAGUAUUUGAAAUUUAGUGGUACACUUGAAUGCAUCCUCUCUGUAAAGCUGUGAGGCUUUUUAAGGUUCAUUAGCUUCAAUUUAGCUGUCUUUUUUUCUGUUUCUGAAUCUUCUUACCAGAUUAAUUCUUCAUGUAAUGCCGGCAAAAAAAGAGCCUUCGCUCAGUGAUCUGACUAAAACUGAACUAUGCUCUGUUUUUGCAUGGCAUCAAAUUGUUCUUUAAUAAAGCAAUCUGUGUGUACCCUGGCAAUGUUUUGUAUGUACUUCCUGAAGAAACUUCCCUGUCACUUUCACCAUUUGCAGGUUUCCACUGAAACCCGUUCUUUGAUUUGUAACUGCCUCAUUCAAGAAUAAUUCAGUUUUAGAGAAUUCAAAGUUGAUUUUUAGAUGGAAUCUAUAAGUAAUACUAUAUAAACUGGAGUGAAUUUAUUAUCUCUUCACAGAAUAAAACAUGAUGCUGAAAUUAUCAGUAUU